UUAAUGGCGGCAUCCUUGCUUUGAGCGCGUCUGUUUAGCUGUUUUGCAAAUAAGUACAUUGUUUUUGGUCAAAAGAUACAUGUCCUAAUAAUCGAGGAUGCCACGUGUAACUAGAAGUGCCCUGGCCAGUCCUGCUAGGUCCAGUCCCCGUGAGACAACAAAGGCCUCAUCUACAAGUUCAAAAUCUGUGUCGUCACCUGCACUCAAAACACGACAUGGCGCAAAGGAAGGAACAAGUGCUGAAGACACAGAGGAGAAAGUAACACGUAGACAAGCAAAGGAAAAAGGAACAGGUGAUGCCGGGACAAAGAGAAGAAGUGGACGAAGGAGUUCGGAACCAGCUGAAGAGGUUGAACCGAAAACUCGGGGUCGUGGAACGAAAGCAGCAGAAAAGAAACAGAAGGAUGAGGAAGAGGAGUCUGCCUCCAGAAGUCGGUCUCGUGGCCGUGGUGGAAAACAGGCAAAAAAAGAUGAAGAGGAAGAAAAAGAGGUGGAAACAACUUCAAGGAGAAAGCGUGGUGGUAAACAGCAAACAACAGAAGAGGCAGAAGUUGGGGAAGAGAAAGUUGAGAAGGCAUCACCAGCACCUCGUGGUCGCACUAAGAAGAGUGGGGGUCGGGGAAAACAACAGGAGGAACCGCAGGAGGAGGAAGCAGAAGCCGAGGAAGCCACAGUGAAAGAAUCUGAAGAAACGCCCACACGGCGCGGGCGAGGGAAACUGCCCGCUCCGGACAAGACAUCCACACCAUCACCAGCCACGUCAAGAGGUCGAUCAAGAAAGGAAAAACAAGAGGACACUGAGGCUAUGGAAGUUGAUGAGGAGGACAAGCCUAAAGAAGAGGUGACUCCUCGACGAAGGGGCAGGAAAGCAGAAGCCACAGAAUCAAAGACUCCAGACGUGACUCCAUCUUCGCGGGCACGUCGGACACGCACACCGAAGGAGAGUCCAGAUGUUUCAAGUGGCAGGAGGGGGCGCUCUACCAAGACAGUGCUACCAGAGAAGAAGAAAGAAUCUGAGGUAGCAGCUGAUGAUUUCGUGGAUCCAAUGACGUCGAAACCUGAGGUAGCAGCCGAUGACGUCAUGGAUCCAUUGGCGUCGAAACCAGAGGUGGCAGCCGAUGAUGUCUUGGAUCCAGUGGUGUCGAGACCUGAGGUGGCAGCUGAUGAUGUCGUGGAUCCGAUGGUGUCGAAACCUGAGGUGGCAGCUGAUGAUUUCAUGGAUCCGAUGGUAUCAGAGGAGCUGGAGGCUCCUUCCCUGAAAGACGAACGAACUGAAAGAAAAUCUGAGUCGGCCACAGAUGGGGCUGAUCCUCCCAGUAUAGAACAAGAAGCUCCUAGCAUUCAUUUGGACAACAUAUUGGAGCCACCAGCAAAGAAACAGGGCAUGUCAGAAAUGCCUGACAUUGAGCCAGAGCCAAUGGCCACUGAACAGGAUGUUAGUGGAAAAACAGAAGAGCCUACUCCUAAACCAGUAGUUGAAGCUAAGCCCGAUGUUGUAGUUCACAAAGUAUUAGAUAAAAAGUCUGAACAAGUCAGUGUUGCUGAUCGUAAGAAGUCAGAUGUUUGUCCUGUUGUGAAGGACAGGACACCAGAGCAGAAACCUGUCACGGCUCCAGUUGUUUCAGAACAAAGUAAACCAGCUGUUCAAGCUCCAGUCAUACAGGCUCCCAUUGUUGAGGAUAUUUCAGCCGAGGAAGAAGAAGAAAGUCAAGAUGUCCCAGAGCUUCAACAAAAGAGUCAGGCUCCAGAAGCUGUGGAAGAUGCUGCCAAUGGAAUUCCAACAAAACAGCUUAAACCUGUUACAAAACAGUCUGAUGCUGCUCCUCCUGUGGAUCAGAACAAGUCAAAGCGUAAAUUUGAGCCGGAUGUUGUUGAAGAGGACACGGUUAGUUCGAAGAGAGCCCGUGUGAAUGGUGAUGAAGUUGAGUUAAAGAUGGCUGUAAUGACAAACACUGUGGCUGACAGGCCUCAUGUCGAGUCUGCUGAGGCUGCCUGUGCAGAUGUUGAAAUGUCUGAAGGCCGAGCAUGGAACCAGAUUACACAAGCUGUUCAAGAACCAAGUCAGAGCGAUGCCAAAGCAGCACAGCCUGUCAUGAAGACUACUGUUGGUGUUUCUAGUGGAAACGAGGCCAGUGCCAAGGCUACAAAACCUUCUAAGACUGAGGACGAGGAGUUGGACUACCUCAAAGAGUAUGUGAUUAUUUCUGAGAGUGAUAUUCCGCCACCAGACAGUAAGGAGGUAGCUAAUGCAACACCGAAGAUCCCCAAGUCGUCAUCGGUUGAGCCAGCGAGUACCUCCACAGACCCUAAAGAGGCAGCAGCUUCCAGCAAGUCGACUUCCAGCAGCGUUGAGGAGAUGGUCACGUCAACACAGGCAGUGUCGUCUCCAGGCCGCGGUCUGACGAGUGCGUCAGUGGGCAGUUCAUCGGCAGAGGCUCAGCAGUUGUCAUCGGGGGCGUCGGAGGUCUCGCAGCAGAUUUCUCAAGUUUCAUCUCAGGCUGUGGAACUAGGAAGCACCACAUCAUCUUUGGUGUCAGAAUCGUCAGCCGCUGAAGCUAUGGAGGUGGAUACACCAGACACUUCAGCUCAACUUGAGACGUCGGUCGGUAAACCCAAACCGCGUGAACCCGUUUCAACCACCGGGGCUAUCAGUGUGACAAACAAUAUGUAUUCAGCUAAACCACUAGCACGAGUGAACGCGGUGGAUCACACUCAAAACACCAACACAGUUUUUCCAACUGCAGGGACAAGUUACGACAUUUUUCACAGGACAUUUCUUCCCAACCCGUCAAUUCCUCUUAGUUCGACGGACGUGUCCCAUAGGUUUAGCAUAGUUAGUUACAACAUUCUGGCGGAUUUUAACAUGAGAAAGAUUGCGAACACUUAUGACUACACCGAGCCGCAGUUCCUAGAGCAGGACUACAGACACAAGCUUCUCAUUGAUGAGCUCAAAUACCUGGAUAGCGACAUUGUGUGCAUGCAGGAGGUGAACCCAGACUACUUCAAGAACUUGCUCGAACCAGCCAUGAACAGCCUGGGAUAUCAAGGUGGCAUGAUGAAGAGAACACUGGACUCGUUCAACGAGGGUGAAGCGACAUUCUUCAAAAUAAACCGAUUCAGUUUGGUGGACAGUCAAGGGGUGUCUCUCACAGAACUGGCUUACAAGGAAAUAGAAGAGGCUGGACUGACGGACGACGUUAAAGCUGCUGCACAAAAAUAUCUGAACAAGGCUGACGUCGUGUACAUCUCUCAGCUGAGGUGCAACUUCACUCACAAGAUGGUCACCAUUGGCAACGUGCACAUUGUGUGGGACGAACACAAGCACCCUGAUGUCCAGUGUAUCCAGAUUGCCUGUGCUAUCAAGGAAGUGGUGAACCGAGCUGGCAGUAACGACUCGUCUCACAUCAUCUGUGGAGACUUCAACUUGGGCUCGUCCACCCCUGGCUACCAGUUGGCUUGUGACGGCUAUCUCAGUGACGCCAGUUUGGCCACUCUUCAAGCUAUCGAAAACCUGGACAUAGCUGGUGUAUCUAAGUCAUUGGUGAACCAUGUGUGGCGAGCCUUCCAGCAUACGUCUUCCACACUGAAGAGUGCAUACUCCACUGUCCAGAAACACGAGCCACGUCUGACGACGUUCACCAAGUUCUACCACGACGCUGUGGAUUACGUGUUUCACAACAGCAGUUUGGAGACUCUGGGAGUUCUCGAGACGGUCAACGCUGAAGUGAUUGACGCCACCGGCGGUCUGCCCUCGAAGUCGUUCCCUUCAGACCACGUCUCACUAAAGGCAGAGCUGUCGUUUAAAGACUGAAAUUACGGUACCGGAUGGUUGAAGACAAUAUUGACUGUACAGUUUGUAUGAUAUUGCUUGUUAAAGUCAUGUACCAUUUCUAAAUAUAUCAUUAGUCAUAGUCAUGCAGUACAUUUGGCAACAGCGUACCCUAAUAAAGGAAUCAUUUGUCAGUUUCAUAUUUUGUCAUUAUCUUGGAACUGUUUGGUGGUCUAUACGGCUGUCGCAUAUUAUUCAGUUUUUUCUUCACAAUUGGAUAAGCAUCUCUUUUAGUGGUGUCUAAUUUCAGUUGGGAAGGUACUGGUCUGUGUUUAUGCUGGAGCAGUUCAGUACAUCCUCUUCACCUAACGCUAAUUACUGUAAAGCAGUUUUCCAGUUUACUUUGUUAGUUAAACGUCUUACAGUGGCUAACAUUAGUUGCAGAGGAUUGUACUGUUGAAAAGAUGAGGCCGAAUAACAGAUUUGUUGUGUUUUAGAAGAUGGUCAGAGCUGUUAAUUUGGCACACGUUACAUUUCUCACCUAACUAAGCUGGUAUCUGCCACAGUGAAUUUAGCCAUUCUCAUACUUGUAUCAUUUAGUGGUGAAAUACAGUUCUAUAUUCAGAAACAUUGAUAUGUACAUUAUUUUUGCAUUUCCUGAAUGACUGAUGAAUAUUUUCUGUGGUUUAAGCUGGUCAUAGUUUUUUUUCCCUUCUGAUUUUGGUCAGGUUUUUUUUUUUGCUGUUUAACCAACUUAUGGUGCAUUCUCAGAGUUACAGGUGUCAUAGAUUUGUUUGCAAUUUUUACCUGUAUUUGUCAUAAACUGCAGAUUGAUCCAUCUCACAUACAAUAAUUUUUACAUAAUUCAACAAUAUGAAAAUUGUAAUGUGUUUGCAUUUGACAUCCACUUUUCUUCUUAACAAAAUAAUAAAAGUACAUGGUAAAACUUCAUGUAUCCAACCCCUACAAUAAAGAAAAUGUCUUCAUGAAAAAAUAUGUCAUGCAAAAAAAAAUGUAUAGACCCCAGCAAAAGAAGUGCCAUGACAUUGAUGAUUGAUGUGGGAAAAUGUAGGGGUUGUGUAUCCAUUAAAAUAGCAGCCAGUUCUUUGUGAGAUGGGAUUCAAAUUGGACACGGUUGUCACGUGUUAAUGUUUACAUCACCAUUAUUGGAUAUUGCACUUAAAUAUACAAAUAUUUGAAAUAUUUCAUCAAAUAUUUAGGGCCCUGUAAAUCACUCAAAAAAAUAAUUAAGGUUUUUGGUAAUUAUCCAACUUUGCGACUGUUGCAUUACAGUUGUUCUUAACCAAACUAAAUCAGAAAAUAUAACAGCUGUGGAAAAUGUUUCUGACUGGAUACAAUAUUUUCGACAAAUUGUACUUAAUAAUAUGUAUUUGACUACGGACAAUGUAAUCCUAGAUUCCUAGUCUUCAGUAGUAUGUUCAUUUCCACAUAAAAUGGCAGCUAGUAGUAACAUGACAACUCUUGAGUAAAGGACCUAGUUCACUUCCAAACCCUGUACUUAUAAUAAAAUGUUUAGCCUGAUUUGAGUCUGAGACCUAAAGUUUUAUAAGCACAUGUUAUGUGACCCAUUGUCAGCUCUUUGUUUAUCAUAUUGACAUAGCAUAUUAUCGUAUAAGUUAUUAUCGUAUAAGUUAACUUUUUUCUUAUUGCUGACUGCAUCUUCUAGAAGUGUAUUAAAGUGAGACUGAAGCAGGGCUCACCCUGCCCAUUGCUUGCCAAAUAGCCAGUUCCUAAUAUUUUAUGCAAAGUGGCUGCAACAUUUAUUAUUUUGUUAAUACAUUAUUUAUUUUUCAAUGGGCUAAUUUCUUAAAAUUUUCAGAUUAAUAUGCUGUACAAAAUGAUGUAAUAUAGAUAGUUUUGGGGAUUCCAUCGAAUAAUCUUAAGCUCAGGACUCAAAAUCUGGGAUUCACAUAAGGACGGAAUCAUUGGCUAAAACAAAAGUCUUUACAGUGUGACAUCUGCUGAAGUUAACCUAUUAAGACCGCCUUUAGUGUUUCUUACAGGUUUGUGAAGUGGUUGAAAUGCUGAUCAGUAUGAAACAUGGCAUGAAAAAUUUGUGUAGGAAUUUACUUAAUUUAAUUUAAUUGUUUUUUUGUUGUUGUUUUUUUGUUUGUUUUUUGGGGGGGCCACUUUUCAGGCAGCUUUUUAUAACAAACACAUGUCACCGGAGGGCGAGCACUUGAGAACAACUAGGGCUAUUUUUCUUGAACAUUAUUUUUUAAGAAUUGGAAAUGUAUGUUGUAAAUUCAGACCGUAAAAUAGCUUCCUAGCCAUUAAAAUUCAUUUAACAUCAGGCAACAAAGGCAGACUAUCGAGGGAGUGUAUAGUCUCCUGUGCGUGUCUUUAUUAGCACUAGUAAAAGUCGACAGAAAGCAUACAGAUAAGCUCUGAUUCAUCGUUACAUACAAAAGUAUUGAAGAGUUCUUCGUGUGGACUAAACUUCAAAAUGUGUGUUGGUGAGAAAUUAAUUUUUCAUCAGAACUUUAUUAUUUUAAUGAUGUCUUUGAGUCCGCUGUAGAAUCAAAGUUGACUAGGAACAUUGUUACAGAAAUAGAGGAAGCAGUUUUAGUAUGCCAGUAUACAAUGACAUUGGCUUCACUUUUUGUCUGUUGACUGUUGCAGUUUGUAUUUUAAAAUGUUAAAGGGGCAUAAUCGACUUUUGUGCUAUAUAUUUUUUAUCAAAAUUUUCAGUUGCCAAACUGGUAGACACCUAAAUUGUGGUUGUAAUAAGAAUAUUGGAUGUAGUGGAUACACAUUUUCUGAUUUCAGUAUGUCGAUUAUGCCUUUUAUUAAGAAUUGUUUGUUGUGGAUUUUCACAUGCAAGUUCUGUUGAAGUACUUACAUUUGUUAUUAUUUGAUCACUGUAUCCUUAGCAUGUUACUGGUGAUUACUAUUUUUCACUCAAUCAAUUUGUCUCUUUUAUUGUUUAACAUUUGAACAAUGUUAUUUAUAUUCAGCUGCAGUUUUAAGUGAAGUAAUUAUUUAUUAAAACCACAUCACAGGUUUUAAAUUAUUUUAUUAAAAGCAUUUCAGCUUUUCAAUUGUACAUUAACUUCAUUGGAUAAUUAUCUGUGUUGAUUAGAAAGUUUUAUUUGUUUUUAAAAUACAUAUCUUAAGAUAACUUCUGUAAUUUUACUUCAAAUAAUUUCUUUUAUUUUUCAUUUUAUUAAUUUUUUCCUUUAAACUACCAUACUGUUUGAAGACAUGGAUGUUUACUGCCUGGUAGGCAAACCGCUCUCAAAGCAAAAUUUUAAUUUUGUUUUACAGCUAUUGAAAAUAAUUUUUACUACCUUGUCACCUUUAUCCUAAAGUAGAACUGUAGAAAGGUGUUGUAUGGAAUUAAAGUAAACUGAAAAUUUAGUUUUUGCAUAAUUUUAUCCUGGUUUUAAAUAGUUUGCUAUUUGUGUACAGUAUUUGUUGCGACAGCUCCUGGAAACUUAGUAAAUUGACUCAUUAGUAAGAAUGCAACUUUCACUUAGUCCUGAUGACUCACCAGGAAACAUUUAUUCAUCUUUUCUCUUCCCCACUCAUGCUGUCAUUGACUUGUAUUUAGAUCUCAUGUGUAGAUUUAUUAAUGAAUGAAAUAUCUACUGUUGGUAGGAGCGACGUACAUAUUACAAUAAUUUGUUCCUUGUCUAUUUUAGCAGUUUUGUUUUAUGUUGAGAAGUCAUUUCAACAGAAAAAUGUUCAACAUCAAUUUACUAAUAAAAAUAAUUGCAAAUA